CAGCUUUUUUUAUUUAUAGUUCGCUUGUAGCAGUCUUAAAAUUCAAUUUCCACAUUUUUUUGGUAAAAUGGUGGGCAUGCGUACGUGGUAUUAAACUGAACUCUUCACGAAUAUCUGUAUCCAGGUAUUGGUCCAAUUUCCUCAAGCGCUAUGGGGCGGAAGGCAUGAGUGAAUAACCUGCCCUAAGACCUAAAUUAGAUCAUGGACCAAUAUUGCUGUCUUAUGGCCAAUCAUGUCUAUUCCUUGUUGCUAUUUAACGUUUGGCUGCUCAUAGUGAAUUUGGGUGCGUAUCGUCUGAAGCGCGUGCUCGGAAACAGACGCGUCUGAAAACUGAAAAUAUUAUUGCUCCUAUAACUAUAACAGAGGGAAAUUGAAAAAGAAAAAAAAAAAGAUUAAUGUGCAUAGAAGAACAGGAUUACAUAGUUUGAGGGUCUCCAUUUGAUUCGCGUAGAGCAUGCGCGAAUACGUGAUGACGACUAUGUCGAUAAGCAAAGCAACCUUGAUGUUCAUUAUUAGUAUUCUAACCAUAAUAGGGAAUUCACUCGUCGUUAUCGUAGGAUGGAAAAACUGGAGUCACACCAGGAGUCACAUGACUCAUCUUCUUGUGUUCAGUCUGGCAAUAGCAGAUCUUACCGAGACAUUCAUCGCCUUUCCCAUAGAGUUUACCAUUGAGCUCUUAGGCGAGUGGAUUUUCAGUGACUUUGGCUGCCGCUUCGUCGAGUAUUGCCAAGCGCUCUCGUUUGGCGUAGCUGUAUUCAUCAUCACAUUUAUUGCUAUCGAUAGAUAUCUAUCGGUGGUGCGACCAUUAACGGGCCGAAUCAGAACCCGGCAUGGCAAAUGGAUUCUGGUGUUCUGUUGGUCCGCGCCCAUGCUUAUACUAUUCCCUUACGUGUUUCUGUUCAAGGUGAUAAAAACUACGCACCACGAGUCAAAUGAAACAAUCUUCAUGUGCCAACCGGUAGGAAGCGGUUAUGACUGGCUUGACCGGCUUUACUGGACCGUCGAGCUGUACUAUACAUUUUUACUCCCUAUGAUUAUCAUGAUAUUCUGCUAUACUUCCCUAGUGCGUAAAGUUCUGCGGAUGAAAAAAGUAGGGCAAGCGCAGCCUUCGGUGAACUCUUUGCAUGAGCGUGUGGGUACUCUAAGCCACAUGAAGAGGAAAUCAGUACGACUAGCGCUCUCAUUUGUCACGCUUUUCGUAGUUUGCUGGGGCCCAAGGUUUGUUAUGGAUUGCUAUCGAAUCGCUUACGGUACAAGAGCUGUUACACGAACGUCGGCUAUAUACGAGGUAGCCCUGUUCAUGGCUUACACUAACCAGAUGUUGAAUCCUGUUUUGUACGCGCUCAUUGACACUUACUUUAAACAGAAGCUGAAGAAUUUGUUCCGAAGGCAAAUAACAACUUUUGAGAAUUCGACUGAGACGAACAACCACACAAACAACACGGCGGGAUAGUCUAAAAAGUCGAGGGAGUGAGUAACCCAGUGGUGGGAAACGUGCUAGCUUAGUGUACAAUAGUAUUGCCCAAAACGAGGGGAGCGGUGCGCAUAU